GUAUCAAGAAGAUAAAAAUCCUGUGGUAGUUGAGACAAAUGUCUUUAAUGAGACUGAAAUCAUAUAUAUGGCCCUUAAUUCAAGAGUUCACCAUGAUGACAUGCUCCAAACUGCUGAAUUGAUGCAUCAAUCUUCCACACAUGUUGCAUUAUCUAAGCUUGUGACAGCUCUAAACGAGGGUAGAGAUGUAAUCAUGGUUGAUACAUUAUCAUGUGAGUCGUUUGUAAAGCAGACUAUUGUCAUGGCAAGAAAUAUUCACAAAUACCGAUAUCGAAUGGGAGUAGGAUAUAAAGUAGCUGAAGAUGGAACCGUCACUGAAAAUUACUGGGAGAAAUUACAUGACACAGAAGAAGAAAAUCAAUCAAAAGGAAUUUCUAACGGAGAACCAUGCACGCAAAAGCGUUAUAUAAUUUUCCUAUUUGGCGUGGUUUGUGCCAGUUAUCUUGCUAUGGUAGAAUCAUUAGGUAUACAUGCUUGUGAGUUGUACCAUGUUGCUAAUUAG